UUUCACAAAUAACGUGAAUGAAUGUUUUGAUUUUUUUCCCAUUCUCGGCAUUGAAAAAUUAUGAGAAUGUUAGAUGUUAAAAGCAUGUUUUUUCACAUUAAAUUUAAUUCAAUUUUAAAUUGUUCCAUUUUAUUCAUUUUCUUUAAUUUGUCAACGUUUAAUGAUGAUCCAAUUUUUUUUGGACGGAAAACGAUGUACUACUAACCUAAUAAAAUUUAGCAGAAAAAUGGAUGUUUUUUUUUGUUUAUUGCCAAAAAUGACCGGUAUUUUCUGUGGUUAUUGUUGACGAGUACGAUGUACGAUAGACCUUGGCCCAAAAAAAAAAAAAAAAAAAUUAAGUUUCCAUUUUAGUUUUGUGUUUCAGAUUUUAUUAUUAUUUUGGAUCCCUCUUUUAUCUCUACCAUGUGUGUGUUUUUGGUUGUUGCCGUAGUCGUGGUAAGAACAUCCUUCGAUCAACAAAAAAAAAAAUGAAAUUUCAAACGUUUUAUUUUUGCUGCUGGAAAUUCAUAUAUAAAGACCCAUGAUGAUGUUACAGAAAUCAAUCUGAUCAAAACGAUUCAAGAAUUUAAAACAAAAUUUGACAAAUCAAUCAAUCAAUCGAUAAAAAAUGAAAUUUUUUAUUGUAACCAUCUUAGCCAUCACCGGCACCAUUGUUUUGGCCAAUGAAAAUCCAUCACCAUCUUCAACAUCGGGUAAAUUGAAUAUGCAACAAGUGGAAGCAUUGCUUCAACAAAUUGAAAAAGAUGAAGCUCGAUUAAAACCCAACGUGCCGAAUGAUCCAACCGUUACGGUUGCAUUGCAACAACUUUUCACUCAAUUUCGUCAGCUAACUGGUGCCUAUGUUGAUGUAUUGAACGCAGUGAAUAAACAAAUUGGCCUGCCUAAAUAUCCAAAAUUACCCGGAUUAACACGUUAUCGUCGUGGUAUUCGUGAAACAGCACCAUUCAAACAAAUUAUUGAAAAUGUCGAGCAAUUAGGUACAAGUAUUUCAGAAGUUGGCCAAUUAGUUACACGUACCGUAUCAAGUAUUAGUGAUGAUUCACGUAAAACCGUGAUGAAACAAUUUCAACAAUUCACUGAUUUAUGGUCCAGUCAAUUGAACGAAAUUUCACGUAUGUUUGAUCCAUCAGUAAUGGCAAUGUAUAGUGCUAAUGAAUUACAAGGACGUGAUGAUAAUGCAAAUUUUGUUGAUGAAGUACAACGUCAAGUACAACAAUUGGUUAAAGAUAUUCAACGUUAUGUGGAUAAUUUUGUAAAUAGUAUCCGUAAUCGUGUUACAGGUUUAAGUAAUCAGGUUUUUCCUGGUGAACGUAGACCAGUUUUAAGCAUUUAAAUUAAUUAAUUAAUUUCAAUCGAAUCAAUCAUCUGAACAUUUAACACUCAUAUUUCCACUUUCGUUAUUAUCAUUUGAAUUUGAAAUUAAAAAAAUUUGAACUUAUUGAUUGAUUGAUUAAUUGUAUCUUUUAUUUAUUGGCGCAUUUUUUAACAAUUUUUUUUUGGCCAUCUGCUUUUCGUACAUACAAAUGUGAACAUGGAUAGAAAAAAAAAUUUACCAACAUCGAGCAACAUGAGAAAUAUGAUAAC